AUGGCUUCUCGGUUGUACUCGGAUUGCCUGGUCAAAAUAUUUGGGGUUCUCAAAGAUGAUCAUUCUUCUCUACAUUCUUGUGCGUUAGUAAAUCAUUUAUGGUGUCAAAGCGCAAUUCCAUUGCUGUGGGAAGAUCCUUUGGAUAGCAAAAAGUUGAAUGGAAGAAAUGAAAAGCGCAAAAGAUAUGCUCUCGUAAAUACGUAUAUUACAGGUCUUCCGCAAGCAUCGCAUAAAGUACUUAUAGACCAAAAGAUCAUUCUACCGCCAGUCACAAGAUCUCCAACAUUCGAAUACGCCUCAUAUUUACGUAAAUUGGAUUUGAAAUGCUUUUUCAUCGCUAUACAAUCAUGGACUGAAUAUUCCGAUAAGUGGUCUGCUAAAAGAACUUUUACGGGUGGCCAGAUAGGAUUAGUUAUUCAAGAAUUAUUACGACAUUUAUUUCUUUCAUCUCCACGUCUUUUAGUACUUAAAGUAAAUGUUGAUAAAAUAGGUGCUAUUAUUGUAGAUAUUCUUCAAAAUGUUCCUGAAGCAAGAAACUGUUUAGCAAGUUUAAAAGAAUUUUUAUACUUUGCGGAACAUCCUACGAUGGAAAUUCUUUUUUCUCAAAUUGCUCAACUUACUGGCAAUAUCGAACGUUUUGACCUAUCAAUUUAUGGACAUACUGAACAAUUGAUAAAUAUGUUAAAAGCUCAGAAACUUUUUAAAGAACUUAUUAUUAAUAAUAGAACCAAUUCUCCGUUAGGUUUCAAAUUUUGGGUUGACACUGAUGCUGGUUCUGUAAUCUCCAAGAAAGCAUCAAUUGUUACUUACCUAGAAAUUGAGAAUAUUUUUUUUCCAUUUGAAGCCCUUUCACACUUUACUAGUUUAGUGGAAUUGAACAUGUUUUAUUGUGGAUCUUAUAACUCGCAUGAUUGGACUCCGUUAUCGGAUGUACGUUUGAAAAAACUUAAAAAAAUUUCAUACAAGAAUCGACAUUCUCUAUAUUUGGAAUCUUUCGGCAGGUUCUUGGGCAAUGCUGGCAUAAACCUAAGUUCUAUUACAAUUCGUUGUUGUACAAUCUGUGAUCCAGAACAGUCUUACUUAUUAUUUACGUCAAUUGCGGAUAAUUGUCAAAAUCUUAUACAUUAUGAUGGACCAAUUGGAUCUGAUAAUGCUUCUGAAUUUGGUCAAAUGCUUAACGCAUGUUCCCAAAUUGAAACAUUAUGUCUUCAUCCAUCAAAUAAGUGUUGUAGACUUGUGGAAAAUCGAAUUGAUUUUAAUCCACUUCUUAGAAAAAUCACGAUUAAACAACCAUGGAAAAUGAGUAAAUUAACCAUCAUUCAUGGAUGGAAAUUUACAACGGAUGUAUUUGAAAGUUUUUUACAAAGUAGACAAAGAAUUUCAAAAAAGAUUUCAUUUUAUUGGAAUGAAUGUGAGAUUAUUGGUAAUUUUGAUAAGGUUUGUUUAAAAUAUAAUAAGGCGGGUGUUUUAGAUAAGUAUCAAAAACUCUUAAAAUAUGAUUAA